AUGGUGACCAAGCCCCCUAUCACUCUGUACAUGGUGGCCCCCCUCACUCUGUACAUGGUGCCCCCCCUCACUCUGUACACGGUGAUCCGCCCUCUCACUCUGAACACGGGCAAGGUGGCCAGCGGCAUCAAAGGGCUGUUUCACAGAAACCCAAAGCAGGCUUCUCUCGACAGCCAUGCUGCUGCACAGCUCAGCCAUAAGCACACGUUCGGCGCCCACCUGCUGCGCCGCACGGCCAGCGCGCCCACCAAGGUCCUGCCCAAGGUCAAGAAGGGUUUCCCCGAGAUCGCCAUCGACACCAAAGACUACCGCUCAGAAGGCACCAGCGAGGACCGGGAGUUAGAGGACAGCCACCUCAUUGCUUCCUCCCAGCCCCCGCUGCUCCACCAGGGCACCUGGGACACCACGGCCGCCGUUGCCCCCGCCGCAUCACGCCAAGGCACCAACAUGCACCAUGGCACCAACGAGGCUUUCCACCCCGACGAGGGCAAAGACCAUUCCACAGUGCAGAGACCAGCUCCCCCUAUUCGACUGCUCGCACCAAUCGCUGAUGAUCUGGGGGACCGCCAUCUCACUCACUCCUCUUCCACUCCAGCAGACCACUCAUCCACACGUGACUCCCCACCUCCACCGGUCCCUAUAUCCACAGCAAUCACCAUCUUCACCGCAUCCCCGGCUUCUAAGAGUGAGGCGGACAGUCCCGUCAACGGUAGGGGGGAGGAGGGUCCCGUCAACGGUAGAGGGGACAACAAGAGACCACCUGCCCUUCACAGGACUACCUCGGCCCCUGUGUCACAUGACCCCAAAGACUUGAAACCCUCACAGUACAGCGGAGACCCCCGGGUUGAUGUUGGCACCUCGUCACCCAGGGAGCACUCUCCAAGCCGAGAGGAAGCACCGUAUACACAGUCAGGCCACACAAAGGACGAUGCUGAGCUCAAGACUGAGCCAAGUGCGAAGUUCCCUGUUCCUCUCGCCGACCCCUCUGUAGACGCCAGCCCUCGGAAAGUCCAGGCCCUGAGAGCUCUGUUUGGCAGCAGCCCGUUGAACACGCCUGUCAGAAGGACCAAAAUCGAGGGCCACGUGCAGGCGGUGGCUGGGGGGCAGCAGCAGUCAUCAGUAAUGCCAGAGGUGUGCACCGACGCCACCCUGAACGACCGGCUGUGGAGCAAGCUGGAGACCAAGUCAUGCAGCCACAGAGACAGCGUGUCCUCAUCCUCCAGCAUAUCGUCCAACGACACCGUCAUUGACCUGUCCUUGCCCAAUCUGGCCAGGAAGAGCCUCACCUGUCUGAGCAACAGAACCUCCCCGGGCGACAUCUUCCCGGACCCACCCUCCUGGGUCAACCGGCCACGCUCUGCCAUAGCCUCCUUGGAGACGCUGCAGGUCAGCAAGAGCAAGUCCAACCCCAACCUCCUGCAGGGCCACCUGGGGGAACCAGAAGACGAACUGCAGCCCAGUCCCCUCGGCGCCCCUAGGGAGCCUCCAGUGGACUCACCCAGCAGAAUAACCCAGAGGAGGCACACCUGGAGCCGCCUCUACAUGGAAGGGCUGAAGCAUUCCUCCCCCCCAGCUAAGAGGCCCUCUGCUGCAGAAGCCCUUGCUGCUGCCGCAACCAGCCCCCUGGAUACCGUGGCCUCUAUGUCUAAGAGCCUGGGGGACUUGACCUCGGAUGACAUUGCCUGCAACUUUGACAGCAAGUACCGCAGCAUCACCCGCAGCUUCAUCAUUAGGCCUUCCCGGAACGACCUGCGGCAGGGUUACCCUAACCAUAAUCCCCAGAGGCCCCGGCUGCCCAGCGACCUAACUGAGCAGCUGAGGAGGCUGACGGACGUGGAGCCCCUGACAGCUCGCGACUUUGCCCCCCAGGUGCGGCAGGGGCCCCUGGAGGAGCCUCAGGAGGAGCCCCCGCUACGGAGGACGUCGUCCCGAAGCCAGAGCAGGGUGCGCUACAUCGCCAACAGGGCUAAGCAGGCCCAAGAGAGGCAGAGGCUGCAGGGUCUCAACCAGUCCCACCCUGCUACUGGCGCUGCUAACGCUAGUAUUAGCAGUGGCGGUAGCCCCAUGGAGGAGCGGGGGAACCCGGAGGGGGCGUGCUGCGUAGCCCGGAGCCCCUGCGCUAGCCUGGACCUGCUGGGCCAGCUCAGCACCCCAGGGCCCCCCAACAGACAGUCCCAGACCUCUCUGAACUCUGACAACAACGAGGUCUUUUUCAUGCUCAAGCUCUGAGAAUCAGACUCCUUUUGGAACUGAGCGUGAGAGAGACACUGAAGCAUAACUCAUUUAAAUUUCCAUCCAGCUUUCUAGGAAGGUAAAUUGUAAUUUUUAAAAGAAUGACAUUCUGUAUAUCUUGAUAGGAUGUGUUUUUAAAUGUAUUUAAUCAAGCAGAAUAAUGCUACUUCCAGACAGUCAUAAGCACAGUUUUACUCUGGUCAAUGUGUUCAGUAACUCACAUCAACUAUGAACACCUAUACAUAGCAAAUGCCUAGCUGGUCACAAAGGAUGGACUAGUCAUUUUUACCACAAUGGUCACAACAAACACCAACUAAUUGCUCAGAAAUAAUAGAAACAGCAAUGAGUUGUCUAAUGAAAGCAUCCUUUACCAAUGCACUCAUUUGUUUGCACCAAAUGAGGAACGGUGGAAUGUGAUUGGAAAAGCAAUGCCUGCCUGACUGUCUAGGUUCACAGUGACUUCCAUGUUUGUAUAUGCCUGACUGUCUAGGUUCACAGUGACUUCCAUGUUUGUAUAUGCCUGACUGUCUAGGUAAACAGUGACUUCCACGUUUUUAUAUGCCUGACUGUCUAGGUACACAGUGACUUCCACGUUUUUAUAUGCCUGACUGUCUAGGUUCAAAGACUUUUAUGUUUUGAGUAUUUAUUGUGAGUUGACCUGAUCCUGAAGUAGCAAUAGACAGCCAUUAGUGGAGUUUUACUAUUCUAAAACACUUUUUAAACUUCAAAUUUUAACGAUAUGUAUAUACUGUACUUUUAAAAUGUGUAGAGAUGUUCUGUUCUUUUUUUUGUAGAUAUUUAUUGAGCCAGUAGUUCUGAAAGUAGCGCUCAUGAGACAAAACUGGUCCUCGAAAACUGCGUACAUCACAUCUUAGCUCUCUCUUUUGCUCUGCUGUGUGUGCAUCUUGCUAGCUGUCACUCAAACAGCGAAGGGCUGAAGCUCAUUGGCUUGAACUUGAAUUGCUCGGGGGCUGACCCAUGUGGGGGAAAAUGGCGCCGCACGCCUUCCAGCUUUCAAACUAGAGAUUCCGUGGCUAAUUUGAGGUUAGACAGUAAUUAUUCUCAUAGAUUCUGCAUGUAUGAUUUACAUGUUGGCACGUCCAGCCCAAAGCGGGAGGUUUAUAAAAUACUUACUAGUCGCCAAAGUUCUUGAUCAUGUCUUUUAAGAUUGAAUAAUAAACUGUGUUAACUCAUUAUGUAUCACCAGUAGCCCAGCCAUGUGCUAGCAAUAUUUAAACAAGUGUAAUAUAUUGCAGAUUAUGGGAAAAAUUUAAAGAUUGUUGUUUAGUCAAUGUGGAGUCUUUACUGAAAAGGUUAAGAGUAAAUGGCAACAAUAAUUAUUUUUUUCCAAAAAAUUCUUAAAUCCAACUUUUUCAAUUUUGUGAGUACAGUGAAGUGUGAUUUGAGUGAGCUGCCAGUGAUUUGGAAAACUGUACCAUACUAGUUAUUUUAUUCUAGACAACACAGUGGGAGUGUUGUUUUUUUACCAUCAAGACUCUACUCUUGCUACCUGUUUAUUUGACUGCAUGUUUUUAACACUGUUAUGUACGUCUCUUAUUUUAUUAUACAAAAAAAGUUUUUUUAUAUGGGAACUGAUAUGUCGACGACUUCUUGUCUUGCUCAGUGUUCAGGCUGUUGAAUGGUGAUUGGUUACACUGUCUUUGUAGAUACUCAACCAGAUAGCAUUGAUCCCGUUUCCAAGCAUGUUUAUUUGUUCUGUACCGUUUGCGCUGCCAUGCCAGUUCUCUGCAAAACUUUAGGAACAUUAUUGAAGUAAAAACCAGAUGUAAUUAUGAAAUGAAUAAAUCUCUCCUGUAUAUUUAA